AUGAAUACAACACUCGCUCGGCCCCCAUUCCCUGAGGGGAUACCCCCCAUUAUCAAACUCCCGGAACCUGGCCCCUCAUUCCAGUCCCGCCCGCCGCCGCGUAACAGUCCAAAUUUGGGUCCAUUUUCGCCAGUGAACGAAAAUGGAAGCUUCGCAUUCGAUCGGGUUCUGAAGACAGGGAGAGUCUGGCGCAGAGUCAAGCACAAACAUGUCUUUCGCGCCUCAUGGAAACUCGCCUACCUCGUACUCCGACCAAACCUCCUUUCCGUGUACAAGGAUGAGGAAACCACCCGCCUCCGAGUCUCUAUCUCCCUGUCUGAAGUGACCGCCGUUACGCCCGUUAGGUCUCCGCGAUCGACUCGGCAGCAUGUUUUCGGAGUCUUUACCCCCUCGACAAACUACCGGUUCGAAGCCCCGACUGAACGCGAAGCCGAAGACUGGAUAGUCCGCAUUCGAGCCGAAACCCCCGGCAACGAGGACGAGCAGGCUUUCCUAGCCUUGACCAACAGGCAUAAUCUCCCCGCUAUCCACAAACAACUCGUUGACGAGACAACCGAUCACUCCGAUUUCGACCUUGCUGGCCGCGCCAGCUCGCCCGAGCCACGCUACCCACUGUCUCCCCGCAGUAAAAGCACUCUCCCUUACAUCCAAGAUUACUCGGGCAACGAAAUCGCUUCAUAUUCAGAAUUCUCUGAUGGACCUGCGCCAGCACGCAACAUACGACUACGAUCUAUGCCGUCCAUCCAGUCGCUUUCCCUUUCGGCACCCGAGGCCGCCCGUCCAUCAGCACAUCUACCCCGAGAAACACCCAAACAACCAGACCUGGGCAUCCUGCGUGACCCGGAGCGGGUCGUCUGUCAGGGGUACCUGCAGGGGCUGCGCAUACAAGGGACCGUGCGCCAAUGGAAACGACUCUGGGUAGUGCUUCGACCGAAAAGUCUGGCCUUCUACAAGGACGAAGCGGAGUACUCUGCGAUCAAGAUCAUCCCAAUGUCUCAAGUCUUCGAUGCCGCAGAAGUGGACCCUCUUUCAAAGUCGAAGACGUUCUGCAUGCAGAUCAUCGCCGAGGAAAAGACGUAUCGACUGUGUGCCCCAGAUGAAGAGUCCCUCGCGCGCUGGCUGGGCUCAUUGAAAAGCAUUCUUGCUGCGCGCCGGAAACUGGACCCUCCUAUGAGCACUUCCGCAUAG